AUGGCCGAAGACAUGCACAUAAACCCCCAACGCGCGAAGCAGCUCACCGAGAACAUCGCGAGCAUAACCUCGCGCAUCAACGCCGCCCGCCAAGGCAGCAAAGAAGUCCGCCUCAUCGCCGUUUCCAAACUCAAACCCGCAAACGACAUCCUCGCGCUGCACAAGCCGUCCACCUCCUCCCCAUCCUCCUCGCAAUCACCGCUACAAACGCACUUCGGCGAAAACUACGUCCAAGAACUCCUCGAGAAGCACAAGAUCCUGCCCCGCUCCAUAAAAUGGCACAUGAUCGGCGGUCUGCAAUCGAACAAGUGCAAGCAGCUGGCUGAACAAGUGCCGAAUCUGUGGUGUGUGAGUAGUGUGGACAGUGAGAAGAAGGCGAAUGAGCUAGAGAAGGGGAGGAGGGCGUUGGUUGAGAAAGAAUCAGAUGAUAAAGUGGAAGAGAAACUGCGCGUGAAAGUCCAGGUCAACACCUCCGGCGAAGAAAACAAAUCCGGCGUCGAACCCUCCGACACACUCGCACUAUGCCGGCACAUCAUAGAAAAAUGUCCGCAUCUCCUCCUCCACGGCCUCAUGACCAUCGGCGCCAUUGCGCGCAGUCAAGCCACGACGCCCGAGACCGAAAACGAGGAUUUUGUUAAGCUGAAGGAGGUUAGGGAUCAGGUGGUUAAGGAGUUGGGGUGGGAAGAGGGACAGUUGGAGUUGAGUAUGGGGAUGAGUGCGGACUUUGAGGGGGCGAUCAAAAUGGGGAGUGAUGAGGUUAGGGUGGGGAGUCAGAUUUUUGGGGAGAGGCCGCAGAAGAAGGAUGCGGUUGUUGUGGAGAAGGAGACGAGGGGGGAGAGCUGA